AUUUAAGCCCCCGAACAAUCUUUACGAUGCUGUGGCUCGUGCCUGGGAUUCACGUAAUUGCCCACAUACUCAGGGUUUCGGUCAGAAACGACCUCGUUACCUCGCCAGUGUGGUGGAAAGUUCACCCUCUGAUAUGGGAAUAACAUGGGAUAGACCUGGCUAUCGCCUUCGUCGUUCGUCUUACGAAGAGAGACGCGGUGCUGUGUCUGUAAGACCAAGUGAAGUUAACUCUCUGCGCCCCUAUACUCUAGACUAUGAGGAUUUUCCAGCGCCCCAAUCACCGUCUGUAUCCUUGUAUAGUCAUGGAAGUGAUAGCGCAGCUUCCAACGGACCAGCUGUCACCCAAUGUGACGAUCAUCCAUCUGAUGCCGAUGACGAGAUGGAUGACUGCGGUUACUCAACAGAUGGUACAAUGUCAUGGCAGCCGCGUAGCGUCACACAGGAUUCACCAACGCAUUCGGCUCUUAGUUCCGUUUCAUGGUCCGACGGUUCUGAGGAUGGCUAUACCCCUUCUACCCCCGACGUGGAAAGUGAUGACGGUUAUGAUAAUAUCGAUAUUCCCCCUCCAUCUACUCCAACUUCUUCGCAUAUCAGGGUUCUGGGUACCCGGACUGCUGAUCACAAAGAAAAGACGGAAUGCAUCAGCUCCGACCAGGGGUAGCACCAAAAGGCGAAAAUACCUCAGAGACGAGCAGAAAGCUACAACCCGCAAGCCAUGUUCCUCAUCCAAUGCUUCCACACCCACUUAUGGAACCGAUGACUCUGAAUAUGAGUCAUCGACAUCCGUCAAAGGAAGAAGUCCUGCUGGAUCCAAACAGACCACAUUUCCCUGCUUACUCGACGGUUGUAGGCAGGUUUGUCACAGUGCCACCGACCUUGCACGUCACCGGCAGUGUCUUAGACAUCGUGUUCCCGAAUAUUCAUGUUUGGGUUGCCGACACCCGUUUACUCGCCCUGAUGCUUUGAAGAGGCAUCUGAAUGGAAAGCCUGCCUGCAAACAGGCGCAUCGAGCGGCUGUGGUUGCUAGCGAGGCAUAGGGGAUUCCUGAUUGUUUUAUUGGCCCCCAAUUACAUUGGAAGUCCUCCCUCUAUCUGGUGCUACAAGCAUCAGACAUGUCUACCGGUGAAUCUACUUCGUCUAUGAGUCGAUACUUGCUGUAACUUAUAUUAACAGUAAUACAAACUACACAACCCUUGAUCGUAUGUAUGCACAACUUAACAACAAAACGAGACGCAAAAUAUGUUCCAGUAGCACUGACAUCUCAAUCUGUUGAUGUGCGGAGGUCUUGUAUGAAGCCGUUAG